CUGGCCAGCCUGGUAGCCGGGACUGUAAAUGGAUUAGCUCUUGCCAGCGCUCUUUCAUUUUACACAACAUACAUGUUUAGCACUUAAAACGAUGGCAUGUGCAAUGUCAAAAAAUUAAAAGUGGGCAAAUUGACAUUACGGCCUGCCGUGCCGCGGAAGAGCCCAUGCGUUUAGUGCACCGUGACCAAAAGUGCCAUGGCCGCUUUCUCGUCUCGGAGUGCUUAUAUAGGCUAGGUGACGGCCAUACCUCUCUCUCUCCCCGACGCUGAUGCAAUGGCACAAGGUAGCAGAUUGUCAAACUGCGGGCGAGUAGCCGCGGAGGGGACAUGAACCCAAUAAUCGGUGCCACAGGGCCAACUAUCAGUGCGGCUCCAGAACAGCAAUCUGACAUGGGCAUACAUGCGCACUGCAGUUUAUAGUCAAUUCGAGUCUCCUCCGACGGGAGCCACACGCAGCAGUGACUAUUCCGACCUCAGCCUUCUCCAGGUCCUGUUUCCGCCGCAGCCUUUUCCACCCGAUUUUGGACCAAAACAUUGCCACUGCGUCAGACUCUAACUUCGUCAGGCCCCAUCGCUCGGAUCCCGCGGAAGCCUGGUGUGUCAAGUGAAGGAGCCAGGCCAAACACAUGAAGUAAGACAGGAGGACGCUAGAGGAAGUGGUGACACGUACAGACCAGGGGGGACCAGCAGGGGGCUAGGAGUGGAGUGGAAGGCGACACAGUCACAAAGAGCAAGAGGUGGAGACCCUAGCAGGACAGGGCUGGAACAACAGCAAGGGGCGUCGGUCAUGCUCUAGCACACGGAGAGGAGGCUAAACCUCACCAGAGAUACACUGCCCCAAAAACCCUCCUCUCUCUCACCACCUCCCUCCCACUGCCCCUGCACUGCGGUGCCAGUGAGGAUGCCCAGGCGGCUAUUGUGACGGGUCGCGACGGUGUGUGUAGGUGGGCAGCCUGAGCUACGAUGCGGCCCUGGGCGGGCUCCUGGCGCUGGGUUACCCUGGUACUGCUGGCGUGGGGCACGCUGCUAUUCUACAUCGGGGGCCACCUGGUGAGGGACAGUGAGCACCCAGAGAGAUCCAGCAGAGAGCUAUCCAAGAUCCUUGCCAAGCUGGAACGCCUCAAGCAGCAGAACGAGGACCUACGACGCAUGGCUGAGUCCCUCAGGAUACCUGAGGGCCAGGUAGAAGAGGGAGGGGCCCUGGCUGUGGGGAGGCUACGCUCCCUGGAGGACCAGCUGACCAGAGCCAAGCAGAAGAUACACAGCUUCCAGAGACUGACCGGAGAUGGUCCGGGCCCCACCCAGGAGGAGCUGAGGCGGAGGGUAGAGAACGGUGUGAGGGAGCUCUGGUACUUUGUCAGCAGCGAGGUGAAGAAGCUGGGCCAUGUGGAGGCUGGGGAAAGGCCCAGACAGGCUGACACCCUGAUACAAGACCUGGGACACCAGCAGAGGUCCAUCAUGACAGACCUGUAUUACCUCAGCCAGGCUGACGGAGUUGGCGACUGGAGAGUGAAGGAGGCCAGGGACCUGUCUAACCUGGUGCAGAACAGGAUCACGUACCUACAGAACCCCCAAGACUGCAGUAAGGCCAGGAAGCUGGUGUGUAACAUCAACAAGGGCUGUGGCUACGGCUGUCAGCUGCACCACGUGGUCUACUGUUUCAUGAUCGCCUAUGGCACACAGCGCACCCUCAUCCUGGAGUCCCACAACUGGCGCUACGCCACAGGCGGCUGGGAGACUGUCUUCCACCCCGUCAGCAACUCCUGUACUGAGCGUACCGGGGUGUCUACAGGGCACUGGUCAGGUGAGACCCAUGACAAGGAUAUCCAGGUGGUGGAGUUACCCAUCGUGGACAGCCUUCAGCCCCGCCCCCCCUACCUGCCCUUGUCCAUCCCUGAAGACCUAGCCCAGCGCCUCCACCGGCUCCAUGGUGACCCAUCCGUGUGGUGGGUGUCACAGUUCGUCAAGUACCUGGUCCAUCCUCAGGCCUGGCUGGAGAAGGAGAUCCUGGAUACCACAGCCAAGCUGGGUUUCAGGCAUCCCAUCAUAGGGGUCCAUGUUCGGAGGACAGAUAAGGUGGGGACGGAAGCAGCAUUCCACCCUAUAGAGGAGUAUAUGGUUCACGUGGAGGAACAGUUCCAGCACAUGGCCCGACGUUUCCACGUGGACAAGAAACGAGUCUACCUGGCAACAGAUGACCCUUCACUACUGCAAGAGGCUAAGACCAAGUACCUAGACUAUGAGUUCAUCAGUGAUAACUCUAUCUCGUGGUCGGCCGGUCUGCACAACCGCUACACUGAGAACUCUCUGAGAGGAGUGAUCCUAGACAUACACUUCCUGUCACAGACUGACUUCCUGGUCUGCACCUUCUCCUCACAGGUGUGCCGCGUGGCCUACGAGAUCAUGCAGACGCUGCACCCGGAUGCCUCCUCCUUCUUUCACUCACUAGAUGACAUCUACUACUUCGGGGGCCAGAACGCCCACAACCAGAUCGCCAUCUACCCCCACCACCCCCGCAGCCCAGAGGACGUACCUCUGGAGCCUGGUGACGUCAUCGGCGUGGCAGGGAACCACUGGGACGGCUACUCAAAAGGGGUCAACCGUAAAAUGGGGCGCACCGGUCUCUACCCAUCCUACAAAGUCAAGGAGAAGAUCGAAACCGUAAAGUACCCCACGUACCCCGAGGCAGACAAGCUGCUCUCAAACUCUCAACGGAAGUGAAGAAGGAAGGGAAGGAUGAAAAUAAAAAGACAGAGAGACACUCUGAAUCAGUUAGACUGCACAUGUUGUGAACAGAGAGAACAGUGGGAAAGGGAGAAAGAGAUGGAGGUGAUUAGACUGCACUGAGAGUGUGUGGGCCUGCCUGUGGGCAUUUACUUGUGUGUGAGUGUGUAUAUCUGGAUGUGAAUCUGUAAAUUGCGGAAUCUUGCACCUGCCACCACCCUGUCCCGGUGCACACAGAUGGGUUUUAUAGAGAAAUAGGAAGGAACAUUGAUUUCAAACGAGCCUGAAAACAAUUAAAGGUCCGUAGCCGACAACACUCACUCUCCAAGGCAGACUGGGAAUGGGACUAUCCAACUGGGACUAUCCAAUCAGGGCAAGCCUUGGAUCGAUAAAAAAAUAAUAUUUAAAAAGCCUUGGAUCGAUGACUGGAAAACAAUUAUAAACAAGAAAAAGUUACUUGUUUUAAUUUUUAUUAAAUUAUUUUGGUGGUUUAAAUUGUAUUCUUGCCUUCUUUUGUCUCUCCUUUGUUCACUGAAUGUUUCUGGUAUCUUCCUCUUUCCAUAUUCACUCACUGCGUUCCUCCCUUCUCCUUUCGCUCCAACAGUCCUACAUCUCCAACAGUCCUACAUCUCCAACAGUCCUACAUCUCCAACAGUCCUACAUCUCCAACAGUCCUACAUCUCAACAGUCCUACAUCUCCAACAGUCCUACAUCUCCAACAGUCCUACAUCUCCAACAGUCCUACAUCUCCAACAGUCCUACAUCUCAACAGUCCUACAUCUCCAACAGUCCUACAUCUCCAACAGUCCUACAUCUUCAACAGUCCUACAUCUCCAACAGUCCUACAUCUCCAACAUCUCAACAGUCCUACAUCUCCAACAGUCCUACAUCUCCAACAGUCCUACAUCUCCAACAGUCCUACAUCUCAACAGUCCUACAUCUCAACAGUUCUACAUCUCAAGAAUUCUACAUCUGUAACAGUCCUACAUCUCAACAGUCCUACAUCUCAACAGUUCUACAUCUCAACAGUUCUACAUCUCCAACAGUCCUACAUCUUGUAUCCUCAUGUGCAAUUCUUUUUAUUCCACCUUAAUGUGCUUUUUAACAUGUUUGUGUCAGGUGCUGGUGCGUUGUACUGUAUAUGAUGUGUGUGUGAAAGAUUAUGAGUGUGUGUGUUUGUGUGUGUGUGCUCUAUGGUGACCUAUGAUGACCUUUGAACUAUGGUGACCUAUGAUGACCUUUGAACUAUGGUGCACACAGAAGCCCUCUUCAGGCUCACCAAUGGACUCCACCGAGCUAAUGUCCUUUUCACAUCUCUACGUCUGUUCAGUCCGUCUGUUUGUUGUUGUUGUUUUUUAGUUCUAACAUUCAUGUUUCAAAUAAAUUAGGAAAAAAAGA